ACUACCACCGCCGACACAUCAUCCCCCCCCCCUUUCUACCGCCCACUCCGUUUCGUCCCCCUUUUCCCAGGGUUUUAAUACUUUUCACCUUGCUCCCCCAAAACGGGCACACCCACGCAGGUUUAUUUUUCCCAAGUUAACCGCCCUUCAUAUCCAUACAAGAGGCCCGCCCGCUCAUGACGAGCUUCCGUUCAUCGAACGGUAAGGAAGAUAGUCCUCAGUGGUAUCGUCUCGGCUUGCUUGGUCGGCGCGGUAAGCACCGCUCUCCCGCAGAGUCUUGUGUAUCUGGAGGUCCAACAACUUCAGUUCUCGGCGACCCGCCAAAUCGUCAGCGACGUUUUGGAUUAAGACGUCUAGCUAGUGAUUCUUACCUUGGUGAUCGCUUUUCUGCCAAUUCUAACGCGCGCUCAUUUGCACCUUCAGUUGUGUCUACGAAUCGUGCACCCUCUAUCGCAUCCGAAUCGCAGGCGACCACUCGCCCGGGAACCGGCUCGAUGGCUGGUAUGUUGGAUAUGGACCGCUCGCGCCACCGCCGCGAUCGAACCUUUAUCGGCAGUCAUUGUGCCGUUUGCGACGAACCUUUAGAACACACUCUCCGCGGGGAGCGUGUGCUCCAGUUCUCUUGCACUCAUGUGUCUCAUGAGGCUUGCUUCUAUGAGUACAUCAAAGAGGUUGAUACUCAAUUUUGCCCAGAGUGCAAUGCCCCUUUGGGGCUUGAUUCUAGUCGUGGUGGAAAUGUAUUGGAUAUUGGUAUGUUACCACCGCUGCCCCACGGAUGAUGUUUUUGGGGUGCUGAUUCUUCUUAGAAAAACUGAGCAGUAUUGUAAGAUCUGUGUCUGUUGCUGAAACUGGGGGAGCGCCUAAAGACCGGGGCCGUGAACGCGAGCGGGAACGGGAACUGGAGCGUGAGAGGGAUAGAGAUCGGCUCAGGGAAAAGGAGCGGGAGAGAGAAUUGGCCUCGCCGCAGUACGAGAAUUAUAGUACCAGGACACGGAGUCGACAGGGAAGCCGCACCUCCAGUUUGAAUAGGGAGAGUCGAGCGGAGAGCCGCAGUGGUAUGGGGGAUUCCGCGGGUCCACGACACGAGAACGGGCACUGGAGGAAUAAUAGCGGUACGUCAGCUGGUGAAUUUCCCGACCCAGCGCUUGCACCGCUUGCUGUUCGUCGUCACGACUACGAUGUCCAAAGUCUGGAAAGCGAGCUCGCCUCGAGGAAUCCCAUGGCGAGUCCCAUACCGCCCCCCAGUGUUAUUGUUAAGAGUGAAUUCCCGACCAUUACACGAUCAAAGGCCCAGCAAAGCCUUACAUGUCUGGUGACCGUGGAGGUUCCCGAUAGGAAAAUGCAGCCUCUAUAUCCAGAGGACUCGGUACCGCCCGUGCCAUCACUGCCUCCAACAUAUGAACAAUCGUAUCAUCCUCCUAGCCCGACAAAUCGGAGCCAGUAUUCCUUUGAGCGGGAGGGAGCGGGAACAAGGCAGAGGGAGCGUGAUGUGGAGAAGGAACGGGAGAAUGAAGUUUUGGCGGCCAUCACAGACGAUCUUCGUUUGAGGGUUGAAAAUUGGCAUGGCCUUGAUUUCGGAAGGUAAGGUCUUAUAUUUAUAUACCGGCACUUAUCGGUCACUGAUGGGGAUAGAUUCGGCAAACUCCGUCUCCACGGAACCAUCAAGGUUGGCAAGGACUGUCAAGCAUGGCAGGAAUUGGAGUGCUACCUUUUCUCGGAGAUGCUUAUCUGUGUGAAGGACAAGAAGAGUUCUGCAUCAGCCUCCCAAUGGGCCAAUGGCGUUAACAAAAAGCGGAGUGUGAAGUGCACGUUGAAAGGGUCUAUUCUCAUAAAGAAGCAUUUAAAGAAGGUUAGCGAUUCGAGCUCACCGGGUAAGUUUUGUUUCUCCCAUCUCGCCCGUGCAAGUCUAAACGGUGUAUCUAGACGAAAAUAUGCACAUCCUCACUCUGAGUCUUUCUGUCGCUGAACUGCCCCAAUUUCAUCUAUUGUUUCCCACCAGUGUUCAGAUGGGUCAGUGGCAUCGUGCCUUGUUGGACUUGAAUGCUGUAGAGCUUGCAUCGACAAUGAAAAGUCCUCAGUAUGAGGACAAGCGGGGUUCCAAUUCUGAUGAAGAUGACGACUUUCGCGCCACAAAAACCACCAGGCGAGUAUCCUCUGUCAACUCGGCCUAUAGUGGGACACAUGGCGGAGGAAGGUCUGUCGUCACGGCACCUACUGAGUAUACUGGGUCUAUCAGAGGAGCAAAGCCGCAGAUACCCCCAGCUAUCCACAUUCCUCUCGAUAUUGUUGUCGUCAUCCCGGUCUCAUCAUCCAUGCAGGGUCUCAAGAUCAACCUGAUCCGCGACUCACUCAAGUUUCUUAUUCACAAUCUUGGAGAACGGGAUAGAAUGGGGCUGGUGACGUUUGGAUCGAGCAGUGGGGGGGUUGCGUUGACAUCACUAUUGGCAAAGAGCUGGAGUGGUUGGGCCAAAGUUGUAAACUCUAUUCGGCCUGUGGGCCAAAAGAGCUUGCGCACUGAUGUGGUUGACGGAGCCAAUGUUGCAAUGGACUUGCUGAUGCAGCGGAAAUCAAACAACCCUAUUGCGUCCAUUCUUUUGAUUAGCGAUUCCUCAACAUCUGAUACUGAGAACGUGGAUUUCGUGGUGUCUAGGGCGGAAGCGGCAAAGUGGGUGAUCUGAAUUUCGGACCUUUAGUGCUGGCUGUGCUAAUGCGCUCAUAGAAUCACCAUUCAUUCAUUCGGGCUCGGGCUCACGCAUAAACCGGAUACCAUGAUCGAACUUUCAACCCGGACUAAGGGUCAAUUCACUUAUGUCAAAGAUUGGAUGAUGUUGCGCGAAUGUGUGGCAGGAUGCAUUGGCGCUCUGCAGACACUUUCCCACCAGAACGCCAAGCUCAGACUGAAACUCCCGGAAGGAUCGCCCGCGAGGUUUGUCAAGAUCAGUGGAGCCUUGCAUGUGUCAAAGAGAUCGUCUGGGAGGGAAGCGGAAGCUGCUCUUGGAGAUCUUCACUUUGGUGAUAAGAAAGGUAUGUUUUUUGGUGUUUUGAUAGGAGGGGAGGAAGCCAGGGCUGAUUGGUUUAGAUGUUUUGGUUCAAUUGGUCAUCUCCCCGGAUAGUUCGCAGGGAGAAAUGGCCCCUCAAGAUGCAUGGGAAUCGAUUGUGUCUGGAUUGGAGGCAUUGGGUGGCUCAGCCGAUCAGGAUGAAUCAAGGACAAUCAGUAUCGAGGAGGUGCCACUCAUCCAGGCGGAUUUAACAUACGGCGACGUUCAACGGGAGGGAACGCUUUCGCAAUUAUCCCGGCCGCAUUUGCUCGCCAUUACGAUGCUUCCAGCCAGUCCGCGGAAGAGUAGCAGGCCAGGAUCGCCGCCGAUCCCCCCUCACCCGAUGGUGGUGCAACGACGUAUGGAGCUAUUGACCUCAGAUAUGUUGAGUCGUGCUUUGACACUUAUAUCUCGGGGUCAGCACGAUCGUGCGCACACCUUACUUACCGAGACCCGAACAAUCCUGAAGGGGCUUGGCAAAGGGGGUUUACCGCCUCUUCCCUCACCUUCCCCGUCCAUCCCUCUGCCGGAAAUCCCUGAGGGAGGCUCGGGCGGACAUACACCGACAGCGACCCCACCACUGGAGACAAACUUUACGCCUGCAUCAGCAAUUGAUGCUGCGACUGUGUCAGCCUUAGAUGCGGAGCUAGAAUCGGCACUUGAAUGGAUCAGCCAUCCGGCAGUUUUCACUAGAGACUCCCGAAAAGCUGUUCUCCAAGCCAUUGGUGUUAUUUCGUCACAGAGGUCCAUCACUUUUAGGUAAUUCGUGCCGGCUCCCAUCAAAGAAUUGGUCAUGGCUAAAAAUCCUGAUAACAGAACUGCCUGUGAGUCGCUCUACGCUGAGAGAGUAGCCGGUGUCAAGCGGCUUUCUAUCCAGGCACGGGAGUGGCGGGAUGCGGAAGACUCCCUCAUGGAAGAGGAUUAGAUUAUAUCGAAUUCUUACUAAACUUUCCUAAUUUUGCUCAUUGGUCGUUGUAUGAAUCACUAGGAGUCAACUUUACGGUGCUUUGGUGGGCUGUCUUUUCCUUCUCCUUUUCCUUCCUUUUCCUUUUCCUUCUCAUGUAUUAUUUGGGUGAGGUGUUAUUCGGGUGGGUUAAAUAUUUCGGACAGUUUCUUAUAGCCCCUGUAACAGGCAGCCGUCAUGUUAUUUUUUUAUUAUUUUUUAUUUACCAUUUUUCCGUUUUCAUUUCCUAUAAGAGUUAUUUAGGAUGGGAUACAAACUUGCUACUCGUACGGUAGUGGUGGUGUCGUUGGGUAUUACGUGCUCGAGUACGAUAUACUAUUUCUUUGUUUAUCUUUGUGGCGAUUAUUUCUAUUGUCAUUCCUCCUGUAGAAUAAUUAUACCCACUUUGUUCGACUU